AUGGAUGCCGAGAUUGAAAACUUCUUCAAAGUUUGGACUGCGGCAAUACUCUGCCAAUUCUACUGCUACUUCCUUGUUUCAAGAAUCCCAAGUGGAUUUCCCAGGCUGAUUUCAGUUCUCCCAAUCAUUUAUCUCUUCACCACACUCCCUCUCAAUUUACAUUCCUUUCAUCUUGGAGGAAUUACCAUUUUCUACCUCGUUUGGCUGGCCAAUUUCAAACUCCUCCUUUAUUCCUUCAACCGAGGUCCUCUGUCUUCGAAACCGUACUCUCUUUCCCAUUUCAUUGCCAUUGGUCUUCUCCCCAUCAAAACUAAAACCGACCCAUCUCAUAAAACACCUAGUAAUCCCGAAAUAAUUCGAAGGCGCCGCCAGUUUAAGAUUCGCAGUAAAAUAAUCAAGGUUGCCCUGUUUUUUAUAAUCUUAAGGCUGUACAGUUUCAGGCCAAAAUUACAUCCGAAAUUCAUCAUGGUACUUUACUGCUGCCAUAUGUACCUUGGGGUUGAAUUUCAAUUAGCCAUCGCAGCUAUCCCAAUUAAAGUAAUUCUUGGAUUAGAAAGUGCAAAACAGUUCAACGAGCCAUAUCUAUCCAGGUCGCUCCAAGAUUUCUGGGGCAGGAGAUGGAACCUCAUGGUUACCGGAAUUCUGAGGGAAACGGUGUAUGACCCCCUACGGAACUUGUUAACGCCGGUUGUCGGACGGUAUUGGAGCUUAGUGCCGGCGAAUUUACUCACAUUUUUCCUAUCGGGUCUAAUGCAUGAAGUUCUGUUUUAUUACUUGUCUCGAGCUUGGCCUACGUGGGAAGUGACGUGGUUUUUUGUGUUACAAGGUGUUUGUGUGACGUGUGAGGUUUAUGUCAAGAAGUGGGUGGCUGGCCGGUGGCGGUUGCACCGGGCUGUUUCCGGGGCGCUCACGGUGGCGUUCGUCGGGUUGACCGGAAGUUGGUUGUUCUUUCCCCCAUUGGUUAGAAAUGGCCUGGACUCGAGGGCCAUAGAGGAGUACUAUAUUGUUCUGCGUUUUGUUAAAAACAGCUUCGUGGUACGUACGUAG